CACCCCGUACUCAUCGUCACCCACAUAAAUCCCAACUGCUUGAUAUUGUACUGUAAACAUGGAGCACCUCCAAGAGAAGCACCUCACCACCACCCGCAACCUCCACUACCGCUACUACACCUCGCCUACCCCUACCACCACCACCACCACCGCCCCCAACCAACCCGCCCUCCUCCUCCUCCACGGCUGGCCCGACUCCGCCCUCCUCUGGCAACCCCUCCUCCCCCACCUCCUCCCCCUCCCCCACCGCCUCAUCAUCCCCGACCUGCUCGGCUACGGCGGGACCUCCAAACCCACCUCCGUCCCCCUCUACAACUAUCGCCUCAUGCUGCAAGACCUCCUCGAAAUCCUGCACGCCGAAGGCGUCACCACCAUCCUGCCCAUCGGCCACGACUUCGGCUGCUGGCUGAUCUUCAAACUGCAAAACCUCCACCCCUCCCUCUGCGUCGCCGCCGUGCACAUCGGCAUCGCGUACGCCCCCCCGCUCUCCCAACGCCUCGACCCGGCCACCCUCAUCGACACCCUCAACACCCUCACGACGCACCAAGUCGGCUACCCCCGCUACUCCUACUUCCACCUCUUCACCUCCCCCCGCGCACCCUCCCUCUUCGCCCGCAACCCCCGCAGCGUCUGGCACGUCCUCCAUGGCGACGCGGAAGACUGGACGAAACACAUUUUCUGCACCCCCGACGCGAUGCAGAAUUUCCUCGCCUCAUCGUCCACCGACGUGCCUUUGAAGCCUUACGCUCAAAACGCAGCACUCUAUUCGGAAUGGCACUCCAACCUGCAGACUCCGGAGGACUGGGAAGCGAGUUUCUGCUGGUAUAACGCGUUUGCCCGCGAGUCCGUGCAGAUGGAGGAGGAUCUGCGCGUGGGGAGGGAGAAGUGGGUGCUGGAGAGGCCGGUGUUGAGUGUGAUGUGUCGCGGGGAUGGGGUGAACCCGCCUGAGACGCUGGAGGAGGCGAAGCAGGCCGGGUGGUUGCCGCAGGGGAGGGAGGUGGUGCUGGAGUGUGGGCAUUGGUGUACCUAUGAGGCGCCGGAGGAGGUG